CGGGGCUCGCGAUGCCAAGCGGCGACGGUUUGCGGCUGUCGGCGCGAGGGAGCCGGGCUGGCCGGCCGGGGGCUCGCUGCUCGCGGCUGCUGUGCGGAGCCGAUGGCGCGGCGGCCGGCGGUUGGUGCUGCUGCUGCUGUGCCCAGGCCGGGCCGAGCGGAGAGUGAGAGUCCUCGGGCUGCGGGCGCCAUGUGUCGGCCUCACUGAAGAAACAAAAGGUGACGAUGGAGAUUAGUGGUCUCCCACUGGAGUUGUGGCGCCUGAUUCUGGCCUAUUUACCUCUCCCAGACCUGGGCCGCUGCUGUGUCGUGUGCAGAGCCUGGUAUGAACUGAUUAUCAGCCUGGAUAAUACCAGAUGGAGACAGCUGUGUCUUGGAUGCAGUGAGUGCAAACACCCUAAUUGGCCGAAUCAACCUGAUGUUGAGCCUCGUUCUUGGCGGGAGGCUUUUAGGCAACACCAUUUAACUUCAAAGAUCUGGACUAGAAAUGCUCAAGACCUGGAAUCCUCAAAUUGCUUGUAUUUAUUUAGGAGGAAGAAGGAUAGAAAAACUAUAUUUGUAGGUCCAGUAAGUGAACAUGUAAACCUCAGGAGUGCCUUAGCAGUUGCCAAUGUGUAUGAUAAGAUUAUUAUUUCACCUGGAGUAUAUGAAGAACAGAAUGAGGUGACAUUGAAGGUCCCGGUGGAAAUAAUUGGACAGGGAAAGCUAGGAGAUGUGGCACUCCUUGUUAGCUUUGACCAACACUGUCCAACUGCACGACUAUGCAAUCUGGUCCUCAUGCCUGCAUGGUUCACACCUAUUGUGUACAAGACAAUGUCCGGCCAUGUCCAAUUUGACAACUGCAAUAUAGAAAAUGGGCAGCUGCAGAUCCACGCCCCUGGAACCUGUCAAGUGAGGUUUUGUACUUUCAGCCAGUCUAGCAUCAGUUUCCACAACGUUGCUCUCAGUAUAAUUGAAAACUGUGAGUUCAAUGGAAGUGAGAGCACAUCGGUGACUGUAGAGGGCUCUGGUCUGACUGAGAGAAACUGGGCCUGCAAACACCUGGCCGUGGCUGCCAAAUCCAACUCUCUUUUGAAUGUGCCAAGCCAAGCACUUUCAAAUGCUUGUAGCUCUGAAAAUCAUUGUCAGCAUUCAUCGAGCAGCUUUAGAACAUUUGAAUUGAACGAUAAUGUGACUGGUUCACACCAUGCUUCAGCCUCCAAACAAAAUUUCCAGAAAUCCUGCAUGAGAACUGGUCAGUGUAAUGGAGAAGGAUGCAUUACAAAACGGAGUCCUUGUGAGGGGGAUGUCAUUACCUUAGAGACUGAUUACAGUGACAGUGAAAUGAGCACAUGCAGUGAGAAUGAAGAUGAUGAGCAAUCUGUAUAUAAACUCUCUUACCAAUCCCAUGGUCUGAGUCGCCUUUUGGCAAGGACCAAUCCGUUUAGGUCUCAAAAGAAGGGAUCUGACCUCUUGCAAAUGGAUUUGGAGUUAAAAACUCUGCAAAAGGAGCUGCAAAAGGAUAAAGAGGCUCAGGUUCUUGCCAGCAGCCUACAUGGCUGCUUAAUCCGGAAGUGCCUGUUUCGGGAUGGAAAAGGUGGUGUGUUUGUCUGCAGUCAAGGACAAGCUAGACUGGAAUGUAAUAUCUUCAGAAAUCUGAGUUAUGCCGUGCGAUGCAUCCAAAAUGCCAAGAUUAUAAUGAUAAGGAAUGAAAUUAGUCAAUGCAAAGCAUCAGGAAUCUUUUUACGAUUGGCAGCAGGUGGUUUAAUCGCAGACAACAACAUCCACUCCAAUUCUGAAGCUGGUAUCGAUAUCCGGAAAGGAGCUAACCCUUUGAUACUGUGCAACCAGAUUCACAGUGGCCAUCGCUCAGGAAUUGUUGUGCUCGGGAAUGGAAAAGGAAUCAUUCGCAGUAAUCGGAUCUAUGGAAAUAAAGAAGCUGGCAUCUACAUUUUGUAUAAUGGAAACCCUGUGGUGAGUGGGAAUCACAUCUACCAAGGACUUGCCGCAGGUGUUGCAGUGAAUGAAAAUGGAAGGGGCCAAAUAUUAGAAAAUAUUAUACGUGAGAAUCAUUGGGGAGGUGCAGACAUUCGACGAGGAGGAGAUCCUGUUCUGCGAAAGAAUCUUAUCUGUUACGGUUAUUCAGAUGGUGUUGUUGUGGGCGAGCGAGGGAAAGGCUUAAUAGAAGGAAAUACCAUUUAUGGCAACAAGGGUUGUGGUGUGUGGGUCAUGUCGUCUAGUCUCCCCCACAUUGCCAAUAACCAAAUCAGCCGCAACAGCAUCUAUGGAGUGGCUGUCUUCUGUCGUAAAGAUGAUGUAAAUGACUACCUCAACAAUCAAGGAGGCGAUGAAAAUUUCAAUGACGAGGGGGAGAUCAUCAACUGGGAAAAUGACUUUGACAGUGAUGAAGAGCGAUACACAUCACACAAACCAAUCACUGUGGCGUUGAUUGAGUUUAACAACAUCAAUCAUAAUGGUGCUGCUGGACUCUACAUAAAAAGCAGUGAGACGCUCAACAUAAUAGCCAAUGCAGUCCAUGCCAACCAUGACAAUGGGAUUGCUGUUUAUCAGAGCAGUCAAUUCACCCACAUCACAAACAACAGCAUCACCUGCAAUAGUGUAGGUGGAGUUCUUGUAGAAGCAGGAUGCAAAGUUGAACUUCGGGGGAAUGGUAUCUAUGACAACAGCAGCCAUGGUGUUACCUCAAAGGGAGAAGGGACUGUCUUGGAGAAUGACAUCCUGGGAAAUCAUGGAUAUGGUCUACAGCUACUUGAGAAUGCAGACAUGAAGGUGACAAAGAACAGAAUCCAAUCUCUUCAUGACUAUGGGAUUGCCAUCUUGGACCAAGCUAAGGGAACAGUGCAAGAAAAUCAAAUCUUUAGAGGAAAAGUAGGGAAGACCAUUUUGGAGAAAACAGAAAACCCAGAGAAGUGUACUGUACAAAGCAAUGAAAUUUUAGCCUGCAACAAAAAUUCUUGCAGAUCUGGCAUAGCCUGGAAACUGGACAAUCCUCCAGCAAGGCCACUUGUUGAUGGAUCAAAUCGAGCCACCUCCAUGGUCCAGACUCGUCAAAGGGUUGCAUCCAUGACGACUCGAAUAGCUGCAAGGGUUGAAGGGGGCUGCCAUGACAAUGGCAGCAUUUUCUGUUCCAUUCUUUGAUGAAUGAAAAUCAGCACUGGUACAGAUGUGCCACAAAAAGCAAUUUAAUGCCUCAAUUCCUGUAUCAAUUAUGUUUUAAGUGAUGGAAAAGAAAUUGGGGCAUGUAUUUUGUUAUUUCACUUCUUUAUAGGUGAUCUUGCAUAUAACCAGAUGAACACAACAAUUAUUGGCAACUUCGAUUUGGAGUUUAAUAACAUGAUGCAGUUCUCUAAUAGAAGUUUAGAUCUGCUUAUUAAAGUUCCUAGUUUCGUACUCCCCUGUCUGCAUGAUUAACAGCUGCCAAUCUUAUCCAUGUACUUUCACUCAAUGAUGCAGUGUAAUGAGGGAUAUUUGUUCAUGCAGAUCUGAACCUGAAUGAUUUCUGAACUGACAUCUACACAGAAACCAGAUUUCUCCAAGAACCUCAAUGAAUGGUUAGGUAUGGAAUUUCAUCAGUUUGAGAAGCUAAUGUCCUGUUUCAUUUAUAGUCAAACUGAUUUCUCUUUGUGAACUAGUACUGAACUUCUCCAAAAGUUUCAUCUUUUGAGUAAAAGAACAUUUCAAAUCCUGGUUAUCGUUAUUUUAUCUUUCUUCAUGGGAUGACUCUUGGAAUGCCAGAAUUUAUUACCCACCCCCAAUUGCCCUUGAGAAGAUGAUGGUGGUGGUGGUGGUGGUGGUGGUGGUGAUGAGCUACUGUCUUGAACUAUGUCAGUCCUUGGAAUGUUGGGAAGGGGUUCUGGGAUUCUGACUGUGACAGUGAAGGAGUAGUAAUAUUCUUCUAAAUCAGGAUGGUAAAUGGCUAUGUGGUUUCCCCCUACAUCUGCUGCCAUAGUUGUUCUUAGGUGGUACAGGUCAUAGAUUUGGAAAGUGCUAUUGGAGCAGCCUUGGUGAGUUAAAUUCAUUGCAUCCCUGGUGAAGGGAGUGAAUGUUGGUGUUGGAUGGGGUGCCAAAUAAAAUAGGCUUUAUCUUGUUGCUAAGCCACUUGGAUGUUGUUGGAGCUGCACUCCUCCCUGCAAUGGCGAGUAUUCCAUUAUACUUGCCUGAUUUGCACUUGUAUUAAACUAGGCCGAGUUCACAGCUUUAUGGAAAUGGUAUGUGGAUGAUUGUCAGCCCGUGAGACUACAGAUUGUGAUUGAGUAUAAUUAUGCUGCUGAUGGCACACGGUACCUCAGAUUCCUGGUUUUAAGUUGGUUUGAUGUCUGUCAACAACACAGUGGAGGGUAGCCAUAGUGGAAAGCAGGUCUUUGCUACUGUAAAGACUGAGUGCUGGUCACUCCUACCUAUUUGUUCUGGAUGCAUCUCUGACAGUGAUGAGAACAAGCCAGUUAUUUUCCUCCUGUUGAUUGCUUGACCACCUGCCAGACCCGGUCUGGGAACUGUGUCCUCUGGUACUUUGAUAACUCUAUCAGUAGGUAUUACUGAGCCACAUUUAGUGAAGGAGGAGUUGAGAGAAGCUGUAAUUGAGUGUGUAUGAAGUAAGUAUGGUGUCAGCUGAACAGAUUUUAGUCAGGUGUUAGACUAUAUUUAAAAGUUUAACCUUUUCCGAGAAACUAUUUUAAUUUCAAUUUAAAUGGAGACUUUGAGGGUUCCACCCGUAGAGGAAUUGCCCAGCUGAAAAUUAAAUUUUAUGGGUGAUUCUCAGAAUGUGCUGUCAAGAUGCCAUUGGGUCCCCACUUGCAACCCCCAUUUAUUGCUCCAAGAGUUAUUUGGCCAGUGAAAAAUCCAGGUCACAGUUUCCAAUGUACUGAAUUUAAUAUUUGUAUGAAUACCAUCUAUUGUAUUGUGUAGAUAAAUUAAUUUGCCCCUUAAGCUUUCUGACAUUCAAUAAGAUGUAUUUGUGUAUUGAAUACGGCAGUCCCAUCUACCCUAUUAACUCUUGGUCGCAAACCUCAAAAUAAUAAUCAGUCCACCUCUGCGUCCAAAAUAUUCAAUGACCCUGCCUCUACCACUGAAGAUGCACAAACCUCUGAGAAAGAUUUCAUGUCAGCUCGGUCAUGACUCUUAAUUCUUACCUAACCCACAUCCACCUUUUAUCAAGACCAUUCAGGAUAUUGUACGCUUCAAAAACCUCCAUGGAGAAAAGCCCAGCCUCUCUAACCCAUCCUCAAGACAAAUCACUCAUUCCAGGUAUCAAUCUAGUAAACCACCUGAUGCAUUUACAUCCUUCCUUAAAUAAGGAUACCAAAGCUACACAUUACUCUACUCUAAAUGCAUUACCAAUACCCUGUCUAACUGAAGCAUAAAACCCUUGUUUUUAUGUUCAAAUCCUCGCGUAAUAAAAGAUGGCUUCCAUUUAGACUUCUUAAUUGGUGUCCACAGAAUACUUUGACUCUUAACACCAGAACACCUUCAGAGUUGUACAGGUAUUGUCUAUUUCAGUAAUACUCUGCUUUUCAGGAAAUCUUCCUGCCAAAGUGAACUUCACAUUUGCCAGAUUUUUGUCCAAUCAGUCCACAUUUUUUUCCACCUUCCUUGUGUUCUUCACAACAUACUUUCCUACCUAUCUUGGUAUUGUCUGUACUCUUCUUUCCACCCACCCAUCCACACACCGGUCAUUGUAAAUUGUAAAACAAGUGAAGGCUCCAGGUUUCUGCAGUAACCUUUGUGGUACCUUUAUCAAAUGCCUCUACAUUUGUAUAUUAUGUCUACAUGUUUGCCUUUUCUCCACAAGGUGUUACUCCUUUGAGUACACACUAUUACCCCUUUGAUUAAAACAGUAGUGACUUUUCCCAAUUAAUUCACAUUUUUUCAGUGUGCAUCUAUAAUCUCUUUAAUAACUGAUUAUAUACUUCCCCACAUGUAAUGCUAACUAGUCUUAGUUCCCAGUUUUCUGCUUCACUCACUUCUUGAACAGAGCUUUAUUAGGUACUUUCUGGUCCAAAGGAACCUUCCUUAAAUUUUUUUCAAAACUCCACAGAUUUAAGACCAAGGUAUCUAUGACCUCAUUAGCAAUACAGUAACACCGCAAGAUAAAAGUCCACUACUCAGCCCAAAGUUUUGUUUGCUUUACACCACUGUCUUCAUGAUCAUAAUUCGAAUAAGUUCUCCACCUCCCCUAGUUUAAAAGUAUUAACAAAAUAUUCUUAUUCUCUGUAGUAAAGAUAGAAGAAAUAUUUUUUCAUUUCAUCUGUUAUUAUCACGUUUUAACUCCAUUAUCACGCUGUAGAAGACCAAUACUUACUUUUACUCUUUUUAAAAAUACCUUUUCAAGCUUACUUCCUCUCACACUCUGUUUUGACCAACCAUAUGAUUUUGUCAGUGAAAUUAACACUAUCAAGGAAUGACACAGUUGUUAUCCAGUUAGAGAACAGGUUAAUACAAUGUUUGCUGUUGUUUUCUGACAGACUGAUCUUCUAACAUAAUGAAAUCAACAGCAUGAAAAUCAGUUGGGAUCUUCAAACCUGAUAUCCAUCUGACGACUCCCUUUGUCCUCAAUGCACUUAAUGGGCCUAAUUUAACAUAGAACAUUACAGCGCAGUACAGGCUCUUUGGCCCUCUAUGUUGCACAGACCUGUGGAACCAAUCUGAAACUCUCAUCCAUAUGCCGAUCCAAUGACCAUUUACAUGCCUUUAAAGUUGGCGAGUCUACUACUGUUACAGGCAGUGUGUCCAUGCCCCUACUACUGAGUAAAGAAACUACCUCUGACAUUUGUUCUAUAUCUAUUACCCCUCACUUUAAAGCUAUGUCCCCUCAUGCUAGUCAUCUCUAUCUGAGGAAAAAGGCUCUCACUGCCCAGCCUAUCCAACCCUCUGAUUAUCUUAUGUCUCAAUAAAGUCGCCUCUUAACCCUCUCUCUAACAAAAACAGCCUCAAGUCCCUCAGACCUUCCCUCCAUACCAGACAACAUCCUAGUAAAUCUCCUCUGAACCUUUUCCAAAGCUUCCACAUCCUUUCUAUAAUGCAGUGACCAGAACUGUACACAAUACACCAAAUCUGGCCACAUCAGAGUUUUGUAAAGCUACAGCAUGACCUCAUGGUUCUGAAACUCAAUCUCUCUACCAAUAAAAGCUAACACACCAUAUACCUUCUUAACAACUCUAUCAACGUGGGAGGCAACUUUCAAGGAUCUAUGUACAUGGACACAGAUAUCUCUGCUCAUCUACCAAGAAUCUUACCAUUAGCCCAGUACUCUGCAUUCCUGUUAAUCCUUCCAAAGUGCAUCACCUCACACUUUUCACAUUAAACUCCAUUUGCCACCUCUCAAUUGCUUAUCCUAUUCUCUACCCUUUCUGUGAACAGAAUGAUUAGACUUGCAUAAUUAUAUAAUAGGAAAGUGGGAAACUAACUUUCAAUUUCACACUAUAAAAUUGCCUGAAAAUAAAUUAAAAUCUGUUCAUUUCAAACCAACUUUACAAGGUAUGCAGUAACAAUGAAAAAGAACAUAAUUGUUUUGAAAAUUUAAGGACAAGUAUAACUUAUGAAUUUUCAUCCAGCUUCAAUGUAAUCUACAACAUUCUGCUUAUUGAACACUGAAAAACAAUUCAAUUCUCUGUCACCCUGAGCACCACUGCUGAGGUAUGGAAAGUACUACAAGAGAAAGAUGCUGCAAUGUGGAGUUAUGUUCAUGUAAACAGUAGGGAGGACAUAGGGACAUUUAAGAGGGGUGCACAAAGUUUGAGAUGGUUUUGUUUGCGUGAAUAAGGAAAAAAAUUAUUACUGACAGGUCAGUGCCCAAAAAAACACACAUUCAUGAUUGGAAUGUACAAUUUUCAAAAGAAAAUUGGAUAUAUAUCAAGGAAAGAUUUGCAGCAGUUUAUAGAAACAGUAUGGGACUAACUGGAUAAAUCUUGCAAACAGCUGCACAAGCACAAUUGGCAAGUAGACUUCUGCCCUACAGGAUUCUACGAUCUAAACUGAUGUUAACAUAUACCCAGCAAAACGGAAAAUUGGCUUGUCAUGUCUGCUCCUUGUAGGUACCAACUACAUCCCAAUAAUAUGGUGUUGACUAUUCUGAUGAUCACUAUGCUGAUAGAUUUCCUUCAUUUAUAAUAUUCACUUAUCUGGACAAAGGAACAUUUUAGCAAAGCGUUUUUUAGAAUAUUUCUCUGAGGGUCUCUCAAUCCUUGCCCAAGUAUCUUGAAGAGAAAAUUUCUCAACACUUCAAAACUUUAGAACCCUGCCGUUGUCUUUGU